AUGUAUAGUCUAUUAAUCUUUUUACUCUCUUUUCCUUCGUUUCUCUGUAUCAAGGGAUUCAUGUUAGACCCAAAUGAUACCUCUUCCGUUGAUGAAGCUGCAGGUGUAGUUGCUGAUGGGUUGCUAAAUUAUUAUGCUGGAUACAAAAAAGGAGGGACCAUUGGAAUGUUUUUACCGCCUGCGUAUUGGUGGGAAGCAGGUGCUGCUUGGAAUGGUCUUUUAAAUAGAUAUUUAUCUACUGGAAAUUCAACCUAUAAUGAUCUCGUAAAGACGAGCAUGUUAUAUCAAGUGGGUGAAAAUUCUGAUUAUAUGCCUUCUAAUUUUUCAACCUCAGAAGGUAACGACGAUCAGGCUUUUUGGGGUCUCGCUGCAAUUUCAGCUGCAGAAGCUAAUUUUUCUAAUCCGAACGCUGAUGAGCCUCAAUGGCUAGAACUGGCUCAAUCUGUUUUUAACCAACAGGUUAAUCGCUGGGACGGUAGUAAAUGUGAUGGAGGAAUAAGAUGGCAAAUAACAGAAUUUAAUUCUGGUUUCGACUAUAAAAAUUCCGUAACGAACGGUGCCUUUUUUCAGCUUGCUGCGAGAUUGGCGCGCUUCACUGGAAACGACACUUAUACGCAAUGGGCCGAAAAAGUGUACAAUUGGAGCAUCAAAGUAGGUUUUGUUCACGAGGAUUAUACCGUUUUUGACGGGACAUCAACAAAAGACAACUGCUCUUCCAUUGAAACUACCGAGUGGACCUACAACAGCGGCUUGUACAUGGCGGGUGCAGCGUUUCUGUAUAAUCAUACAGGAUCGUCAAUCUGGAGAACAAGGACAGAAGGUUUUGUAAAUAAGGCGAUUGAUUCCUUCUUUCACAACGAUGUUUUAUACGAACCAGUUUGUGAGCUUAAUGGCUCCUGUAACUAUGACCAAACAUCCUUUAAAGGAUUUUUGGCUCGAUUUAUGGUGUACACUGCGCAAAUGGCCAGUUAUAUGCUUCCUAAGAUUGAGCCUCUUUUGUACAAGACAGCCAUUGCUGCAGCAAAAGCUUGCUGCGGAGGUCAUGAUGGAGUUACUUGUGGCUUUCAGUGGUGGUGGUUUAAUGAUACAUGGGAUGGGCUUUAUGGUUUAGGAGAACAAUUAUCUGCAUUAGAGGCAAUACAGGCGCCUUUGUUACUUAAAAACAUUCAUAUUUAUAAUAGCACCGAUGGUGGGUCUUCUACUGGGGAUCCUAUGGCUGGCUUGUACACGCCGACAGUAUCGUUUGCUAUGACGAAGUUCACGAUUGAAAAGCAGCAUUGGAUUCUUCUUAUUAUUAGCCUUGUUCUUUUGUUACUUGUAGCAUUUUAAAAUGUUUCUUUCAAGGUAGACGUCGAUUGUCUAUACACCUUGAGUUACUGAGGUAGUUCUUUGGAGCUCUGAAGGCUUUCUUUAGUACUUUCACUAUCGUGUUUCCAACAUCAGUAGUGUUUUAAAGUUAUUUAGUUACGGUAAACGAUUCUUUUCGGUGCCUAGGAAAAUUGCAGACAACUUUGAGUAGAGACUCUAUUUGCUUUCAAAGGCAUAUAUUCCUUUCAUUUGGAUAUACUUAUUAUGCUACUUUCCUUCGUUUUUUGUUUAUAUAGAAUUUUACAGCAUGCUUUCAUUUCAGGUUAUAAGAGAAUGAAUUUACAAAUGGAAAUUUAUAUUGUAUAUAAAGUUAGCAAAUUAGUAAAUAUUUCCAAGCAGUG